AUGCGGGAGGCCAAACUCUACCUCGGCGGUUGUGUGGCCAGGCAAGACAGACAGGAGUUGGCUGAUACUGAUGGAAAAGGUGUCCCAGGGGGCCCAGAACAGCCUCGGCGUCCCUGCAAACCCAUCACUCCAAACGUGACCCCCGACGCUCUCUCCCUUGGCCCCUGCAUUGCACCACGAGCCUCGCGGUGCCAACCCGGGCCUGUGGUAGGCCCUGGCUGCCGAGCCUGGGUGAGCACCGGAGCCGCACCUAGCCAGACACUUCACAAUCCCGGCUUCCCCCGCCCCCCGCCUCGGCUCCCACGAGCUCUCACCGCCCGCCCGGAGUCCCCGGGCCCGGGGAAGCGAGGUGACCGCGCAGGUCGGUGGAGCGCAGCGCCCGCCGGGGUCCCGGAGCCGCCGCCUAUCAGCGGAGCGCAGGGGCGGGGCCGGCAGGGCCGGCGGGGCCGCGGGCGGGGGCGGACGGGCGGGGGACCGGGCUCCGGGCGGCUCCGGGCACCGCGCGCACACACCGGGCCGGCUCCCGAGGGCGCCAGCGCGGCCCCGGGGAGCGCGAGCGGGGAGCGCGCGGCCUGCGGUCAGCGGCCCAGCGGCCGAAAAGAUGGUGUCCUGGAUGAUCUCCCGAGCCGUGGUGUCCGCUGGAUGAUGUACUGGAUAGUCUUUGCCCUCUACACUGUCAUGGAAACAGUGGCCGAUCAGACACUUGCAUGGUUUCCCCUGUACUAUGAGCUGAAGAUUGCCUUUGUCAUUUGGCUGCUGUCCCCCUACACUAGAGGGGCGAGUUUAAUCUAUAGAAAGUUCCUUCAUCCCCUGCUGUCAUCAAAGGAAAGGGAAAUUGAUGAUUAUAUCGUCCAAGCCAAAGAAAAAGGCUAUGAGACAAUGGUGAAUUUUGGACGGCAAAGUUUGAAUUUGGCAGCUGCAGCUGCCGUUACCGCAGCAGUGAAGAGCCAAGGAGCAAUCACGGAGCGUUUGCGAAGUUUCAGCAUGCAUGAUCUGACAUCUAUCCAAGGGGAUGAGCCCGUGGGACACAGACCCUACCAGACUUUGCCAGAAGCAAAGAGGAAAGGCAAACAAGCCGCCGAGUCACCAGCCUAUGGGAUUCCACUGAAAGAUGGAAGUGAGCAAACAGACGAAGAAGCGGAGGGGCCGUUCUCCGAUGACGAGAUGGUGACUCACAAGGCGCUGAGGCGAUCCCAGAGCAUGAAAUCUGUCAAGACCAUCAAAGGCCGCAAAGAGGUGCGGUAUGGCUCACUAAAAUAUAAAGUGAAGAAGAGACCACAGGUGUAUUUUUAGGGUCUACACCUCGCCCUUCCCAAGACGAAUAAACACUAACAAAUCAACUUCAUUUUCUAACCUGAGGUAUUCAGGUCUUAACACUUUAAAUCUUCAGAUUGUGGCAGAGACAGGAUUUAUGUAAUGACUUUAAAUGGUCUGUGUCUCUUUAACAAUUACUUUUAGAUUUUUAACGGCUAAAGGUAGUUCUAUAAGGCUUGUAAAUGUACGUGUAGAUAACAAACGUGACAGAGACUCAUGUUCCUGAUGUCAGCAGCAACACUGAGCGCCUAGGAUCUAAGGAUAAAGCAUAGACCCAGGGUAGACUUUGAACGUCUCUGCUUCAGGACACACCUGCCCUUCUGGCGUUGCAUUCUGUUUACAUCAUCUUGCCGCAUGCAUCUAUCACAGGAGAGUGGUGACAGCCCCUGAGGAGCCAGAGUCAUUACCAUAGGAGGGAGCUGUGUCCUUUCCUUAAGCCUUAGACGCUUUCUACCGUGAGCUGAAAGUUUUUAAAACAGAUUAUUUGAAAACCAGGUGUCCAUGUAGCACUUUCCUGGCUAGUUUUGCACACUUGAAAAUUGUUUACUUAUUUUACGACUGUACAUUUACAUUUUACCGAUGCUGUCUGUGUUGUUGUCUGUCACAUUCCGACAUGUCAAGAUCAUGCCUUGAAACCGCAUCAUCUCCUUUUCCUAUGGGUUUGUUUCGUUUGGUAAAUUCAUUCAGCCCAUAUAGAAACAUAUAACCGUUAAAUUUUUAUUCCUUUGUUUUGUUUUUAUUGAGAUAGGAUCUCUUUCCUGAUCCUCUUCCUACUUCCACUUCACCGUUGUACUGGGAUAACAGGUGUUAUCACACUUGGCUAAUUUUAAAUGCCUUUCAGUUAUAUUCUGGACAUUUGAGAAGUUAUUUUAACAUUAACCAGUUUCCAUAGUUGAAAUUGAUGUGGUUUUUAUCAACAGCAAAUUACAUUAUUCUAGGUUUCAAAAAAAAAAGCUUUUGGGGGCUAGAGAGGUGGCUCAGAGGUUAAGAGCACUGGCUGCUCUUCCAGAGGUCCUGAGUUCAAAUCCCAGGACCCAGAUGGCAGUUCAUAACUGUCUGCAAUCCAGCUCCAAGACACCCUCACACAGAUAUGCAUACAGGCAAAACACCAAUGCACAUUAGAUAUAAAUAGAUAGAUAGAUAGAUAGAUAGAUAGAUAGAUAGAUAGAUAGAUAGAUAGAUACAUAGCUUUUGUGGAAGCGUCAUAGACCAACGUAGCACUUAGUGUUUUCUAACUCAUGGACUUCCCUGUGCCCACACUCCGCUCCCAAGCUUGGCAGAGGCAUUUGCUGCCUUACAGACCCGGCAGUGACUAACAUCUUUUAGAUUGUUUUCUGAAGAUGAGUGUCAGGGUAAAACACAAACACCAUUGAUGCUACAUAACAGGCUUCCAGAAAAAGGCCAUCUUUUUUUGUUUUUUUCCAAGACAGGGGUUCUCUGUAUAGCCCUGGCUGUGCUGUCUCUGGAGACCAGGCUAAAGGCCAUCUUUUUAAUCUAAGAGAUUUAGAGUCAUUGAACUCAGCUCUUUUUAGGUUGCCCUACUAACUGGGCAUUGCGGACACUGAAUCAUAUUAGGGGUAGCGAAUAAUCAAAUUUUCAUUCUCCAAUAAUACUUACAUGGGGGUGCCUGAAUGGCAUCCACACACAAUGUCCUCUUGAUACUACAAAUAUUUUCUACACUGAAUCACAUUGCUAAUAUUUUUAACACCAAAUAGAAAUUCAAAUUUAAUCUUGUAGCUCCAUCUACUUUGCUUUGACUAAUAGCCUCUUCAUGUCUAGAAGGAUUCUUUAAUUCCUAUUCAACAUCUAUAAAGUCCCACAAUAUAUUAUUGGACAGAGUGUAUUCAUUUCUCAUGAAGCAGACCUGCUCUGAACCAAUGCUGUACCGCGUGGGUGGUUUUCCCUGCAGAGGCCGAGUUACCUGAUUUUUCCCUGCAGAGGCCGAGUUAUCUGAUAAGGUGAUUUGAUAAGUAGAGUAAGUUACUUUGUCUCCAUGGGGACAAAUUGGCAAGAUUGUGUCUUUUUCAAGUCUAGUCUCAGUAUUAAACUUACCCUUGGGAGCUAAGGACAGAUACCGUGAAUACAAGACCAUGAAUUCAAUCCCAGAACCAAAAAAAAAAAAAAAAA